UCUUAACAGAAUCACAAGGCCUUACUUACAAAAAAAACAUUCCUCCAAAUAACUCGUAAUACGAUUCUGGGACUCCAACAACACUGUUUGUUCAAUCCAAGAAGUGAGUACUGCUGACCUACAACUGUGCAAGAUGGUUUUCCUUUCUUCUAGUCUGUUUAUUGGAAAGGAAGGUGAGAAGGCAAAGUUGUAGUUUGCUGUAGUCGCUGUCGGUUAGAACACAGGAACUGAUCCAACCAUUGCAGGGACAUUAUUUUAAUGUUGAAAUGCCAAAAAUACGCAUCAGGGAGAACAAGUAUACAGGUAGGGUUAGGUAGGCGAGUGUGUGGUUAUUUGGUCAACAAACGUACAAACUUAAACUUUCUCUAGCGCUUCCAGUAGUUCUAGCUUUCACGUGGUACAAUCUCAUAAACUCUCACGCUCACUACACACUCUGCUGCUUUCACGUGACUGUGCCUCAGCGCCUUAAAGAGACACGAGCCUUUUUUUUACACUGUCAGUUGUUCCUUCCUAAAUAUGUUUCACUCCUGAUUCGAUAUUAAGAGUGACGAGUUACUCUUAAUUUUCUAUGAACUGUCUGAGUUGAUGUAAACUUUAACUGAGAGGGUGUUGUGAAAUGAAAAUCAAAUGUCUUUAGAUCUGAAGGAUGCAGUUUUAAUGUAAUGAAAUUCUGUUCCUUCCACAGAAAGAAAGGAAAAAAAAAAAAACAACCUGCUUUUUUUACUGUAACGUUUAGAUGGACGUGAAAGAGAAGAUAUGUGGGGGUAACACAAAUUUAAUGGAGAAAAGAACUCUAAAUGUUAAGGAGGAGGACUGUGAUUGGGAGUUUGUCCACCCUAAACAGGAGAGCCUGAGCAUUAAGGAGGAGGAUUGUGAACUGGGGUCAGCGAGCAUUAAACAAGAGGCUGAAGAAAAGUGUGUCAGCAUUGAGGUGCACAAACAUGGAAGUGUGCAGAGUGUUAAGGAAGAUGACCUUCAUUAUGAACAUCAAGACGGAGCAGUGACUGAGUUUGCCCCUUCAUCUUCCGAAUCUUCUGUCAAUGUAAAGUCUGAAUCAUUGCAGUCUGACACAAAGAGGCUUGAGGAAACUUCAUCUCCUAGAACUCCGGAAGGUCAGCCACCACUACCAAAGAAGAAGUCUAAAAAAAGAAUCAAAUGUCACUGCUGUUCUGAAUGUGGUAAGCAAUUUUCUGACAGAAGUAAACUUCAAAUCCACAAAAGAACUCACACAGGAGAGAAGCCAUAUUGUUGUUCUGAAUGUGGGAAACAGUUUUCACAACGAAGCAAUCUUCAGAGCCACAAAAGAAUUCAUAGAGAGAAGCCAUUUUGCUGUUCGGAAUGUGGCAAACAAUUCUGUUACAAGAGUAGUCUUCAGACCCACAAAAAAAUCCACACAGGAGAGAAGCCAUAUUGUUGCCCUGAGUGUGGCAAACAAUUCUUUCUUAAGAGUGGCCUUCAGAGCCACAAAAGCAUUCACACAGGAGAGAAACCUUAUUGUUGUAAGGAAUGUGGCAAACACUUUUCAAAAAGAAGCCAUCUUCAGAAUCAUCAAAGACUUCACACAGGAGAGAAGCCGUAUUGCUGCUUUGAAUGUGGUAAACGAUUCUCUCACAGUACUACUCUUCAGGUACACAUUAAAACUCACACGGGAGAGAAGCCGUUUUGCUGUUCUGAAUGUGGCAAACAGUUUUCACAAAGAAACCAUCUUCAGAGUCACAAAAGAAUUCACACAGGAGAAAAGCCAUAUAGUUGUUCUGAAUGUGGCAAGCAAUUCUCUGACAGGAGUAGUCUUCGAAGCCACCAAAGAAUUCGGACUGGAGGAAAGCCUGUUUGCUGUUCUGAAUGUGGGAAACAAUUCUGUCACAGGAGGACGUUUCAGAUACACAGCAGAAUUCACACAGGAGAGAAACCAUAUUGUGCUGAAUGUGGCAAACAAUUCUCUGACAGGAGUAGCUUGUGGAGGCACACAAGAACUCACACUGAAGGGAAGCCAUACUUAUGUUCCGAAUGCGGUAGACUAUUUUCUCGUAUAAGCAGUCUUAAGAAGCACUCUGCAGUUCACACGGGAGAAAGAGGAAGCCUCGAUGGGGUAAAUUGUUAGGUGAAUAAGGAAGAAAUGGAAUCCUCCCAGCAGCUCAAUUCUUGAGAAGUAUCUUCAUGUGUUGAUCUUGAUUGUGUAAGAACCAUAGCCAAUCUUAUCAAGGUUAAACUACUCUUAAAGUAUGAAAAUAAACAAAAAAAAAAAGUAAUUUAUUCUGGUCUUUCAUCCCCCUGCAUAAAAAGGUGCCCACUAUGUGCCUCAGCACUCGGGUACAGUAGGUGGGGAUCUUCAGAUAAAGAGAAGAUGCCUUCCAAUGUGGUCACAGUCCAGGAGGACAGUAGCGAUGUCCCCAGCGCAGUGGAACCAUGGACAAAAAUGCUGACUGAAUUCAUCCAUGUUGCUGACUAGGGAGAUAAGUUGCAUCGUCCUGGUUAAUGUGCAUUACCUUGGCAACAGAAACGAUUCACUCUUUUAUUAAUAGUCAAAUGAUGAAUCAUUCUGACCCUACAGUGCUGGUGACGUCAACCAAGGGGGACAUAUUUGUGGACACAGCAAACUGGAUCUGCUCCAUUUAAAUGUCAAUACCUUUCAAUGUAAACCUGCGAUACAACAGGGUAGAUCUGACCAUCUUACAGUCACCUGCAAGCCUGCUAUUGACUUAUUUAUUAACUCUAUUUAUUAAGAACUUCUGGCUUGAAUAAUACUUUUUUUUUUUUUGGUGGUGAGGUUAUUUUAAUAUAAUGUUUAUAUUUCUCAAUUUCCCCUUUGGGGUAAAUACAUUUCUAUCUGUUCUAUCCCUUUCGACUUGUUUAAGGGUUUAUAGAUUGUUCCAAUUUAAAAACAGCUGAACGUUUAGCUCACUCCAUGCUCUCAUCAUUUUCUUGAGCUGUUAUCAUCCAAAAAUAAAAUGGACUCACUGUGAAAUUCA